AUGACGCAUCCUAUCACAUUCUUUUACUGCUUCCUUGUCAUGAGUGAAGGGCUUGCAUCAAGCAACACACCCCGCAGGAGCGUUCCCUUCCAAGAUCCCACCAUGAUUUCCAUAAGCCUCAUUGAAGCAAGCAAAAAUAGCAGCAAGGGUGAAGAUGGCAACGUGUUUCUGUUCUUCUAUGAAAAUGCUGUGGAGGAACUUCACGGCAGCAUCCCAGUGUCCAGGAUUGCUCGUGUGUGUAAGAGCGACUUGGGGGGCAAAAGGACACUACAGCAAAAGUGGACUUCUUUCCUGAAAGCCAGACUGAACUGUCCAUUUGGAGAUGUUGGCUCACCAUCUUUGGUCCAGGAUGUUUUUCUCCUCUCAGACGAGAAUGACUGGAGGAACAGCGUCUUCUACGCCACAUUCAUCUCCAACUCGGAGCCCUCCUGUGAUUGCAGUCACUCUGCUGUCUGUGCAUACAAGCUGUCAGACAUCAGCCAGGUGUUUAGUGGGAGGUUUCUGACUGAGUUGGAUACUGGGAACUGGGACAUAUACACAGGAGAGGAGCCAUCCCCCUACCCUGGUUCAUGCAUUGAUGAUGAAAUGCGUGCCAGCGGCCUGACGAGCUCUUUGAACCUCUCAGACACAACGCUGUUGUUUGUAAAGAACCACCCUCUGAUGGAGGGUGUGGUUUCACCAAUGACUGGCAAGCCUCUGCUUUUCAAGCCAAUGACGCAUUUUUCGAACAUUGUAGUGGACCAAGUCACGUCACUGGAUGGACAACAGCACCUGAUUAUGUUCGUCGGCACAGAUACUGGUUGGCUGCAGAAGGCGGUGAAGUUUGAAGGUGAGGACGGGCGGAUCAUUGAGGAGCUGCAGCUGUUUAAAGAGCCUCAGCCUGUGGAUUUCCUGCAGCUUUCCUCCAAGACUGGCCAUCUGUACAGUGGCACCAGUAAUGCAGUUGUUCAGAUUAAUCUUAGAGACUGUAGCCGCUACACAUCAUGUGAUGACUGCCUUCUUGCCAGAGAUCCAUACUGUGGCUGGGACCAGAUCAGAAGCCAGUGUGCAUCGGUUUUUGGUGCAUCAAACUCAUCAAUGUAA